AUGGCUUCGGACGAAAUCCAAAAGGCCUCGGCCGUCAAGGCGAGAAAACGACCAGCCCCAGACGAACACCCUCCGGCCGAGAGCCAUGGCUCCGAUGCCCCCAAGGCUGGCCACGAGCCCCCCAAAACGAAAGUCGCGCCCAAGACCAAAGGCGAGAAACUUUUCGAUAAAAUCACCGAGACACCCGGGGCGUUUGUCGGUGAAUGGGGGCUGCUCGUUCGAAAGUGGCACGAGCACCGUGGCUGCAUCGAUGUUGAUGUGGUUUCUGCCUACAUCGCCGCCCACAAGACGUAUGUGAACGAAUUAAAGAAACGCAGCCAAGACGAGAACGCCCAGCCGCCGACAGAACCCACUCUAACUGAUUACACCACCGGCGAUACCGUUUCUCAUUGUCUUUGGGAUAUCUUGAACCAUGAGGAUUCUGAAGAGAUGAAGGCCCCGGUCCCCGAGAUUUCUUUUUACGAUUAA